AUGAUUAUUGGAAUAUACGGUGCGCUUGCCCAGGUCUACAAUACCAUCUGCAUCGCAUUUGUGGACCGGGUGGGAAGAAGAAAACUUCUCAUUCCAUCCAUGCUUGGUAUGGGAGCAGCACUCUGCGUCAAUGCAACCCUUUCCCAUUUCUACAUCGACGGGAAACAAGACCCCAGUCGCAAUGAAAACGCUCUGCGCGCCUGUGUGGCCAUGUAUUUCGUCUUCUCAGUGUUUUUCACCAGCCUCGGGUGCAUCUCCUGGAUUUUCAGCAGCGAGGUAUUCCCGACAGCAAUCCGGGCCAAAGGCACCUCGUUGUCCACCUUCACCAACUGGGCAGUGAACCUAAUCUUUGCACAGUGCUCGCCUAUCGCGCUUUCGAGGAUGGGUUACCGCUACUUUUAUAUCUUCACCGCCUUCAACUGGGUCGCCGCAGUCGUGGUAUAUUUCUUCUACCCUGAGACCCAAGGGCAUACCUUGGAGACGGUGAAUGAAUUGUUCGGUGAUUUACAGCUCCAAAAUUCCGCCGACUCGCCCGAGAACAUCACCGUUGCUGCUGUGAAUGAGGAGAAAGUUAUCGUGGAAGAACAAGCUGCAGCGACCAGACCAGGUCUGCCUUCGACAUCGGUCAAGGCGGCUUCGAUGAAAUCGGGGGUGCCUUCGCAGACAACAAGUUGA